AUCACGUGCAUCCAGCAGAGCUUCAAUAAAAAAGUCAAAGAUCGACUAGCCAUCGCUUUUAUAUAUACUGUACUGUAUUGAAGCUGGUCAGAUCCCAUGGGUGGUUGCAUCGGUACCAGCAGAGGGGUCAAUAGAGGCAGCCGGAUGGUUACCUCUGCCACCACAGAGCCCCUGCUGCGAGACACUGAGAGAGAGGCAGUCAGUACACUGUUGAGGUACCUAGAGCAAGAGGGCAGCACAAGCUCAACCAUCAGUGAUGAUAGGCUGCUCAGUCUGUGUACCCUGGCCUACUCUGAAAACAUUGACCUGCAGAGAUCGGCAGCACUCUGCUUCUCAGAGCUCAGUGAGAGAUUGACAGAACCAAUCUCAGAGGGUGUGCUGGAGCCACUAAUCAACCUUCUUCUCUCCUCGGACAUUGAUGUUCAAAAGUCUUCGUCUCUUGCCAUCAGCAACAUUGCACUUCAUGGACCCCCUGAGAACAAGGCAGUGCUAGUGGAGGCAGGUGCUUUACGACCGCUGAUUGUCUUGCUCAGCUCUGAUUGUCCGGAGGUCCAGUGUAAUGCUUGUGGCUGCAUCACUACCCUAGCCACUUCUGAGAGAAACAAGAGUGAGAUAGUACGGCAAGGAGCUGUGGGUCCACUGCUCAAUCUGACCAAGUCACAUGAUGGUAGAGUGCAGAGGAAUGCAGCUGGAGCAUUGCUCAACCUUACUCACAUAGAUUCAAACAGACAGACAUUGGUGAGUUCUGGGGCAGUGCCUGUGUUUGUCCAUCUCCUGGAGUCCUCCGAUGAGGAUGUUCGGUUCUACAGUGCAGCUGCUCUUAGUAACAUUGCUGUGCAUGAGAGCCAUAGAAAGGAAAUAAUGUCUGUCAAGAAUGGACGAGUAGUGACCAGUCUUAUUUCUUUAAUGGAGUCAGAGUCGGAGAAGGUCAAGUGCCAAGCAUGCUUAGCAGUCAGAAACUUGGCUUCUGAAGAGGAGAAUCAGAAGCUGAUUGUAGACUUUGGUGGUCUGGUGGCCCUCUGUCCGCUGGUUAGAAGUAGCAAUGCCGAGACGGUCACAGCUGCGGUGGCGGCCGUGAGAAACCUUUCUAUUCACAGGGAAAAUGCUGAGGUAAUAGUGAGCAGUGGUAUACUGAAGGACCUUGGCACACUAGUAUCACAACAGGACCACCCUGAGAUACAGUGUCAUGCAGCCGGAACUCUCAGAAACCUGGCAGCUGAGGAACAGUCACAAGCAAUUGUAGCAGCUGGUUGUCUUGUAGGACUGGCUGACCAAUUGAGAAACUCACGAAAUGUCCCAGAGUUAGUGCUCUCUGAAGUCAGCGCUGCUUUGGCUGUUCUAGCAUCAGAUGCCUCUGCUAGACGACAAAUCAUGGAGCUGUAUGGUGGUAACUUUCACAAGGUCCUCCUGACACUAACGGAGUCCUCAUACUCAGAGGUACAGUACAACUGUGCCGGGGUGAUCGGCCAUCUAGCCAUUAGUGAGGAGUACCACACAGCGCUCUUAGAAACCCGACCGUCAGCAGUAGACUUCCUUGAGCGCUUCUUAAACGCUGGAGAAUCUAGUUUUGUGCACAUUGCCCUGUGGAUUUUGGCUCAAUUCUCUAAUGGAGGCAAAAACACACGAGAGGUGCUUCGUCGCUCCAGCCUCUUCUCCAUGGUCGAGCAACUCAAGACAUCCAGGAACUCAAUAGAAGUUACACAACUAGCUGAGACUUCGUUCAACAACUUAAAAGACUCUCCAGGGACAAGUGUUCUCUCAUGAGUACAAUGUACUUGUGUAUGAUAGAUUUUUAUCAGUGUGUGUUGUGCUUAUGUUUACACCAUUAUUUUUAUUUGUGUGUGCCUCAAAUUAACAGUUUUGACCAUAAUUAUGAUAUUGAUUCUACA